UAACAUCUGUUUAUGGUGAGUGAUACUGGUUUUCCCACUUGUGGAAGUCAUAUACAGUCUGCUUUUAAAAUAAAAUUAUGUAAACUAAAAAGCGAGCUGCUCUGAAGGCAAAUACUAAGCGAAUGACAGUGCAGGUGGAACGAGGAAGGCUGAGCUGUCUCAGCCCAGGUCUGUCCUGUCCUACAGAGGGUGCGCUCUGGUCUGGGAGUGCUAGAAACCCCCAGGGGAAAUCCCAAGGGGGUCUGCCAUGUGACCACUGCACCAUUCAGUCACUGGACACUUACUAAAUCCUGCUGUGUGCCAGGCCCUGCUACAAGGGCACUUCCACCCUGGCCAUGAUGGCACAGAUGUGUGCCAAAGAGGGAGGGCAGCGAAGGCUGUGCUGGGGCUGGGGUUUGAGGAGGAGUGGGGACAGAACAGUACUAAGCACAGAGCACUUCCUGUGUGCCAGGCACUGCGCUAAACAUUUAGAUACAUGAACACAUUUAAUCAGCACAAGAGCCUUUUACCGGUGGGGAAAUCGAGGCACAGAGACAUUAAGUAAAUUGUUCAAGGUCGUACAGCAAGCAAGGGCAGUGCUGGGAUUUGAACCCAGGAAACUGGGCUCAGAGCCUCUGCCCUUUGCCACCUUUUCUUGUCUCUUCUAGGAAGGGAAUCUGGGACUUACAGGCCCUGCCCCCUUCCAGGCACCAGGGGCUCCUGAGGUGAACAUGGAGUCUCAUUGGGAGUUGGACACGUGUAGGGCGGUGUGAUCAGUGCUCAGAAUGAGGUACAGCACGUGGGAGCCAGAAGAGCACAUCCUGGACCCCCGCCUGGUCAUGGCCUAUGAAGAGAAGCCUCGUUCUCUCUGCUGUAAGCUGGGCCACCCCAAUAACUCCUGCCGCAACUUCCCCAUAAGGGAGGAGAGAGACCGAGCGUCGGGGUAUAGGAAGAGAGGUCCGAAACCCAAGCGGCUUCUGCUGCAGCGGCUGUACAGCAUGGACCUGCGGAGCUCCCACAAGGCCAAGGGCAAGGAGAAGCUCUGCUUCUCUCUGACGCGCCCACUCGGCAGCGGGAGCCCCGAGGGGGUGGUCAAGGCAGGGACGCCCGAGCUGGUGGACAAGGGCCCCUUGGUGCCCACCCUGCCCUUCCCGCUCCGCAAGCCCCGCAAGGCCCACAAGUACCUGCGGCUCUCACGCAAGAAGUUCCCGCCCCGCGGGCCCAACCUGGAGAGUCACAGCCAUCGACGGGAGCUCUAUCUGCAGGAGUCACCAGCCCAGGAUGUUCUGCAGGCGGCCAGCGAGUGGGAGCCUGCCGAGCAGCCCCCCGAAGAGGAGGUUGUCGCAGAGGCAGACCUGGCCGAGGGGCCCCCUCCCUGGACACCUGCGCUCCCCACAAGUGAAGUGACAGUGACCGAUAUCACCGCCAACUCCAUCACCGUCACCUUCCGUGAGGCCCAGGCCGCUGAGGGCUUCUUCCGAGACCGCAGUGGGAAGUUCUGAAUCACCAUUUCUACUUUUCUUAAACUGUUUUCUUUUGGGCUUGGGGUGGGGACUUCCAGAGGUGGGGAGGGGUUGGGAGUGGGAUAAUUAUUUUAUUUAAAAAAAUAUGGAACAGGAAUGGGGGGAAGAUCCCAAUAGCCUCCCACCACCCUGCCCCUUUUUCUGGAGUGAUGUUUACAGAGAGGCCUCAGGGUCUGUUUGGGGGCUCGGGGUUGGGAGGCCUGGCACUGCUCUGUCAGUUGGGGCAUCAUCUCCAGGUCAGGAUGGGGACAGAGCCACUCUCCCCUGGACACCUCCAUCACCAUUCUCCUCCAGAGACACAGCAGCUGGCCCUCAGAACUGCAGGAGGGUGGGAAGGCCCAAACCCUCCCCUUUGAGCAGCCUACUCCAGCCUUUCUGGUUGAUUUUCCUUUUCCUUUUUUUGUGGGGAGGGCUCUUUAUUUGUAACUUUGCACUCCAGCUUUUGGUGGGAUUGGAGGCUGCCUUGAUCAGGAGUGAGGGUCAGAAAGAAGGCUGAGGAGGAAGUUGGAGGUUGCUGCGGUGUGCCCUGUGUGUCUGAUAGCCUUCAGAGAGGUCUCUGCCUUUCCCUGGGGGCAGCUGCCAGCAGAGCCCCCUCAUCCCCCAUCACAGGCCUGUGAGAAACACUCAGCCACACAGGUGUGCGCACGCACACUGCCCCUCCCGCCCUCGUGAGUGUGUGCACGUGUCUGCAGACGUGUGCAGUGAGCCUUGCAAACCUCCUGUUUAGAAACCUUGAUCAGGUGAAUGUGGGGUGAUUCACAGUACAGAAGAACUUGCCACGGGCACCCCACACUCACCCCAUCUUGCAUGGCCCAUCACGUGACAGGAUCUAGCCCAACACCAUUUGCUGGAAGCUGUCGGCAGGAGUCUUGCCCUGGGCAAGAUGGCCUCCAACGCUCCAGGCACACAGAUGGGGUUUUGCGGCUUUGCCUGGCCAGCCGCAGGAGUGCAGGCGUCUGUGCAGAUGCGAUGCGCGGGGCGUCCGCACGGCUCUGAGGCACGCAGGCCCUGUGCUUCCUCCCUGAGGGGCUCUUGUUCUAGGGGCUCUUGUUCUCUCUGACUCAGGUGACUUUUCAGCCCUUCCCACUCCCCUCCGUUUCUGCCUUUCCCUCCGACUCAGCCCACCCUGGGUAUGGGCGUGGGUGGUCAGGGAGGGAGGGGUGUCCCACACGCUUCUCAGGGCAGCCUUGACCCCUGACCCUCUUCCUCCUUAGGUUUUGUGUCCCCUCCACACCCGUCCUAUUCGCCACAGCCGCCGGGGCUGGCCUUGUUUCCCCGUGGGGGACCUCUGCCAUGUCUUCCUGCGGUCAGGCUGUCCACAGGCCCGCCCCAUGUGCCCAGCGAAGGGCUGUGGCUGCCAGGAGGAAGGGGCACUUGCUCUCUAUUUGCACAAACUUGCCCUGUGGACUAGUAGCUCCCCCAGCAAUGAGGAACGACUCCCCUAUCCCAGCCCUGUAGAGGAGGAAAAGCCACAUUGUGGGGUGCCCCAGGGGAGCAGGCAAAAGGCUGACCCCCUCUACCCUUUGCCACUGCUGCCCGCCCUCCCCUGGCGCUCCUCCCCCUCCCUCUGUGCCCUGAGGAAGUCGGCAGAAGCCCUGCCCAGGCAAGGAUAGGGCCGUUUUCUCCCAGACCCCUUCUUCCCGAGUUCCCAAACCAAAGACAGCCUGCACCCCAUUUCUGUUUUGGGUACCCUGCUCGCAAGAUCCCCAAAUUCGUGGUCUCUCUCCCCUUCCUCCAUAAUCCUUCACUGUCCAGGGUCAAUUCAGUGCUUCCAUUGGGGGCGAUCCCUUCCUGGGUGACUUAAUCACCCCAAACCUGGGGAGUUGAAUCUACAGGAGUGAGCGGGGGUGGUCAGGAAAAGGAGCCCAGCUGUGGGACCCCUGGGAGGCGAAGGGCAGCUGGAGUUGGGGACUGUCCCAGGGCCCGUGCUCCCAGCAGAGCUGAGGGGGCUGGAGGGUGGGUGAGCAGGGGGGGCCUCUCUCUAAUAGAAUGCUGUUGGCUUAUGGCUUUGGGACAUGGCUGGCAGUUUCCAGUAGAAGUCAAAGUCCCUAUCCUUCUGGGGACACGAAAACGCUUCCUGCCUCACGGGCACUUUCCUGUGCAAUUUGCAGGAUUGGGGUUUAGGGGCUCUUUGGUGUAACGAGGCAGCUGUUUCUGUCAGCAGCAACAUAACACUUGCCUCGUACUCAGCCCUUGACACAGCUGAUGGCCUGUGUCUCAGGGAGGGCUGAACCCCACAGGAGCGGCUCCUUGGGGGAAGGGCUGUGGGCUGUUGGGACCUUUCCCCUCCACCCAUCAGGACAGAGACCUCUGUGAGGGGUUUGGUGUGGCUUGCAGGCCUCCUCCCAGCCCUGAGUGUCCCAGCCGGGCGGCAUGGCCUGAGCGGGGGCAAGGCGGACACUGACCUCCCACCCCAUCCCUCACCACCACCCAGAAGGCCAGUACAUUCGUGGGUGGGGGCCCAGAAACGUCGGACCACCUGCCCCUCCUUUCCCCCGCCCCCACCUGUUUGAAUGUAGAGACCAUUCGGUACUUUUCUUUUGCUGUGGGAUUGGACCGAGCAUGCGCUCCACCCCGGGCAAGGCCACUCAAUGCAGCAGCUGAGCCUGUCGGGCAGCGCAGUGGUCAUCGCCCCCUUGGUUCCAUUGCCAACUUCCUCCUGCUGUCCUGCUGGAGGAAGGCGCUAUGCUUCUGGAAGGUGGUAUAGCUUUUGCUUUAUAAGCGGCCAGCCUGGCCUCCAGGUCUCAGCACACGAACGCUUCCUUUGCACAGAAUGAGCGGUGAGCUUUGUUCAGACUUAAUGAAUGUAUUUGGGAGGGGUCGGGCACGAGUUGACCCCCAGCACAAGCCUUUUCUGAGUGGCUGUGUGCUGGGGAGAGCCAGAGUGGAUGCAGAGCUCGGUUUUAUUUUUGUACUGAUAUUGGUAAGAGACUGUAUAGCAUCUAUUUAUUUAGAUGAUUUAUCUGGUAAAUGAGGCAAAAAAUUAUAAAAAAUACAUUAAAGAUGAUUUUAAAAAAAA